AUGGACACCUCGAAUACUGUAGUAUGCUCUCAGCACCGACAUCGAAAGGAGCACAGGUCUGAAGAAGAAACCUGGUACCCUUAUGCAUCACCACUGGAAAAUAUCACAUCCCUCUUCUCUUCUUCCUCUUCCGCAUCUUCCUCAUCAAGCACCAAAACCUCCAUCAAUGAUUGGAUACCUAAAGAUCCCGUUGUAGUAGGUAUAAUUUCAGCAGCAGGAGCGACAUGCCUUACACUAGGUUCGAUAGCUGGAUAUAGGAGGUAUUGGAGGAGGGUACGGAAUGCCAACAGUGUGACUACAGGGAUGUUGGAUCGAAAAACUUGGAUAAGAGGUGUUGUGACAAGUGUAGGCGAUGGUGAUAAUUUACGAUUGUAUCAUACACCCGGACCUUUCUUCAGAUAUCCUUUCAAGAUCCGUUCUAUUCCCAGUACCACUAAAGAACUGAAAGACGAGACGAUCCAUAUUCGAAUAGCAGGGGUGGACGCACCCGAGAACGCCCAUUUCGGACAACCCGCUCAGCCUCAUGCUAAAGAAUCGCUGGAGUGGUUGAGAGGCACCAUACUGGGCAAGAGGAUGAGGUGUCAGCUACUAGCCAAGGACCAGUAUAAUAGGAUUGUCGCCGUCCCAUAUAUAAAUCGCCUGUUAUGGUUCGACAAACCCCUACCCAUCCUGAUGCUGAAAGAAGGUAUGGCAGUAGUGUACGAAGCUGGUGGAGCAGAGUAUGGACCGUGGGGAAUAGAUAAAAUGAAAUCGAUUGAAGCUCAGGCAAGAUCAUCGAAAAAGGGUCUAUGGUCAUUGAAAAGAUUCGAACAUCCCAGCGACUUCAAAGCUCGUAUGAAGAGACCUGACGAAGUCAGAGUACCAUCGACGGGUAAAGCAAAAUCUAGGAGUCUAUUGGGGAGGAUAUGGGGAUGGAUUAGAGGUUGA